ACCACUAGGGGUCGCGGAGGGGCCGCAGCCAGGAGCCGGCUCAGCGCCUUCAGCAUCCCGACUGGAAGCUUCAUCUCUCCGCCUUCAGCCGAGCGGACCCGGCCAGUCUGCCCCGGAGGUCUCCAGCGACCAGCAGCAGCAGGAGCAGCAGGAGGAGCGGGGGGGGGACUCAUGUGCGUUUAACCCCGCCGUGCACCUGUGGGGGACGAGGAUGAACAGCCACGGCCAGAACGGAGCGGCGCCCCCCACCGGAACGGUCCAGCACAGACGUACCAAUCCAUGCAUCCACCUGCAGGCUGCUAUGGAGCCCCACCUCAACAACAGAGCUACCCCACCAUCCCAGUCCAUCCCAGUCCUGCUCCCAACAAAGCACCCAUCACGAACAGUGCACAUGGUGCUAACUACUACCGGAGCAACCAUCAGCAGCAGCAGCACCACCUCUCUCAGCAUCAUGUAGCACCCUCCCCAUACAGUGCUUCCCCAGGCUCUGCUCCUCCUUCUCAACCGUACGCCACCCUGUCCUCUUCAGCACCACCACCACCACCACCGUCAACCACCCACUACAAUCAACAGCCAUUGCAGCAUCCACAUCCACCGUAUGUCCAUCCAGGAUCCUACUAUGGACCGCAAUCAUACCCCGCUUCUCCAGCACAGCAGUCCCAACAACAACAACAACAGCAGCAGCAGCAGCCCAGUUUGGUGCCAGCCCCAGCCAUCGCGCCUGGAGCUCCCGUCUACCCGAUUGUGUCGUACCCAUCUGCGCCAGGAAGCAGCCAGUUUGGCACCCUGAGUUCCUCCCAGAGCACGCAUGGAGUCAUGCCCACCCAGAUGGGUGCACCGCUACAUCAGUACAGCAGCACCAGGCCAGCCUCCACAGCAGCGGCAGCAGCAGUGCAGCCUGGGUACAGCGUGGCUCCUCCUAGUCAGCUGGCACCGACAGUCAAUGGUCAAGGAAGCACAGGCCACCAACACUAUGACCAAAGCCACCCGGUUUCCCUGAGCUACGACUCCUACGGCGGGGUCAUUCACAGCGCUGGUGGUGCUGCAGACGGACCACCUUCAGGAACCCCCUCCACUUCAGUCCAUUCCUCGCCGGGCCGCCACCAAGGCAUGCAGUAUGGAUAUGUUGCUAAUAGUGGAGCUAGCUCUGCCGCCACCUCAGGCCCGGCCACAGCGCACUCGUCAUCCAGCUCUGAGGAUGAUGAUGAUGAUGAGGAGGAUGAGGAUGAGGAAGCAGGUGGUGACACUUCCUCUUCCAGUACUGGCAGUGCCUCUCCGGUGCCCAACAGCUACGAUAACCUGGAAGGGGGCAGCUAUCCAGAUUCCAUGCCGCCCUCCAACCACAUGACCAACCAGGUCGCGCCCUACGGUAGCUAUGGUUACCCCGACAUGCCGCCGGCCUAUCACCAGGGACCGGCCUCCCUCAUAGACUCCUCCCCCUCUCACGACCCGUACGGCCAGUCAAGCUACCAGCAGUACGCCCAGCAGCCGUUCCCGAACAUGUCCCAGCUGUCUGCGGCCCUCGGGGGGCUGAGCGGGGUACCGGAGCUGGAGCUGGAGGCCCUGAGUCCGAUCAACCUGAUGCUGGAGAGGAGCCUGCUGCCCCCCAGGCCCCUCGAAGCCCCCGAACCCAACCUCAGCCCCGACCUCAAGAAGGUCAACUGUAGUCCUCAGACCUUCAGGUGUACCCUGAGCAGCAUCCCUCAGACCCAGGCUUUACUCAACAAGGCCAGGCUUCCUCUGGGCCUCCUCCUCCACCCCUUCAGAGACUUACAGCAGUUACCGGUGAUCACGUCCAACACGAUAGUGCGCUGUCGCUCUUGUCGCACCUACAUCAACCCGUUUGUCACCUUCCUCGACCAGCGCAGGUGGAAGUGCAACCUCUGUUAUCGGGUCAAUGACGUUCCAGAUGAGUUUAUGUACAAUCCAGUCACCCGGUCGUAUGGCGAGCCCCAUAAGAGACCAGAGGUACAAAACGCCACCGUGGAGUUCAUCGCCUCCUCAGACUACAUGUUGCGGCCCCCUCAGCCAGCGGCCUACCUGUUUGUUCUCGAUGUGUCUCACAACGCCGUGGAAGCAGGUUACCUUAAGUACUUCUGUGAAUCACUUUUGGACAACCUGGACAAGUUGCCGGGGGAUACACGCACCAGGGUGGGCUUCCUCACCUUCGACAACACCAUCCACUUCUACAACCUCCAGGAGGGACUGUCUCAGCCGCAGAUGCUGGUGGUGUCGGAUAUAGAUGACGUCUUCAUACCGUCUCAUGACAGUCUAAUGGUGAACCUGAAGGAAAGCAAAGAGCUGGUGAAGGACCUGCUGACGUCUCUGCCGGGCAUGUUCAGCCAGAGCAGGGAGACCCAGAGUGCUCUCGGCCCGGCGUUGCAAGCCGCCUUCAAGCUCAUGUCGCCCACCGGGGGCCGCAUCACGGUGUUUCAGACCCAGCUGCCGACGCUGGGGGCCGGUUCGCUGCAGUCCAGGGAAGACCCCAACCAGCGCUCGAGCACCAAGGGAGUUCAGCACCUCGGCCCAGCCACAGACUUCUAUAAGAAACUGGCCCUGGACUGCUCGGGGCAACAGAUCGGGGUGGAUCUUUUCCUGCUCAGCUCCCAGUACACGGACCUGGCUUCACUAUCAUGUAUGUCCAAGUAUUCGGCAGGCAGCAUCUUCUACUACCCCUCCUUCCAUUACAUCCACAACCCGGCUCAACUAGAGAAGUUCCAGAAAGAUCUGGAGCGCUACCUCAGCAGAAAGAUCGGCUUCGAGGCGGUCAUGAGAAUACGAUGCACUAAAGGUUUAUCCAUCCACACGUUCCACGGUAACUUCUUUGUGCGCUCCACCGACCUGCUGUCCCUGGCCAACGUGAACCCGGACUCCGCCUUCGCGGUCCAGAUGUCGAUAGAAGACUCUCUUGCAGACUCGUCUCUGGCCUGCUUCCAGGCUGCUCUGCUCUACACCUCCAGUAAAGGAAAACGGCGGAUCCGGGUCCAUACUCUGUGUCUGCCGGUGGUCAACCAGCUGAGUGACGUGUACGCUGGAGCUGACGUUCAGGCCAUCACGUGUCUGCUCGCCGAUAUGGCCAUCGACCGGUCGAUAACGUCCAGCCUCUCCGAUGCCCGUGACGCCCUGACGAACGCCGUGGUGGAUCUGGUGAGCGCCUACAAGAGCAACGUGUCCAACCUGCAGCAGUCCGGCCUCGUCAUCCCCUCCUCCAUGCGCCUCUUCCCCGUCUACAUCCUCUCUCUGCUCAAACAGAAAGCCUUGCGGACGGGCACCAGCACGCGGCUGGACGAGCGGGUCUUCGCCAUGUGCGAGUUCAAGACUCAGCCGCUGGAACAGCUGAUGAGGAUGGUUCAUCCUGACCUCUACCGGCUGGACAACAUGUCUGACCAGGGGGCGCUCCACCUGAACGACACCGUGGUUCCCCAGCCUCAUCUGCUCCACCUGUCCUCUGAGACGGUGAGCAGGGACGGAGCUUUCCUCAUGGACUGUGGAAACGCGUUUUAUCUUUGGAUCGGCAAAUGCUGCAACGACAUGUUCAUCCGAGAUGUUCUGGGCUGCCCCAACUACACUUCAAUACCCGCCAACAUGAGUCACAUUCCUGAGCUGGAGACGACUCUGUCUGAGAGAGUGCGAGCGUUCCUCGACUGGCUGCAGGACAACAGAGCGUUCAGCACCACGAUACACGUCCUCAAGGACGAUGCAUCGGCUAAAGCUACUUUCUUCCAGUACCUGGUGGAGGAUCGGUCCGAGUCGGCUUCUUCCUACAACGAAUUCCUGCAGCACAUUCAGCAGCAAAUGUCCAAGUAGGCUCGCAUCAAUACAGAGAGAAACUUUGAUGGCCGCUAGAAUCCUCAAACCAGAUGCCAGAGUACAGAUUUCGGGGCCUCGUAGAGUGAAAACUAGCGUUAGAAAAAGACGGACACCCAUCGCUCCUUCAGACCAGUUUUAGCGAGGUGGGUUAGCUCCCGUUUCCUCCAGACAGUCUCAUUUAACAGAUCCACCCUCCCAAGGUCAUUGGUCAGCUGGGAUUUGACCAUCAGAAGGAGGAGGAGGGUGAUAAUUGUAGAAAAGAGUAAAUAAAUAAAUGAAGAAAGGGGACGAUUCCACUUAUAAAUGAAUUAUUGAAAGUGUCUCCUCGCUGCCUCUCAACCACUGUCACCCCCGUUUAGCCUCUCGUCCACCCCUUCACUCCUGAAACAAUAAGGGGAAAGUCGAGCCAAGAAGAUGCCACCUCAACACGUCUUUAUUUAGAUUUGUUUUUGUGAGCCUCACAUGUAGCUAGUGCUGUUUUUUUUUUAUUAUUGUUUUAUAAUUUAUUCCCCUCUUCACUCCCUCGUUUGUUUUUUUUAAUACACUGGAGAACAGAAACGAGCAUUCCUUCUGUUGUUUUUUUUUUCCGGCAUGAAAUACGAAACGCAUGUCACCGUUUUGUUCGCUGCUAGUCUGAGCAUAGACGACAACCGUCUGUGUAACGGGAAUAUAACUCGACAGUGGUUGGAUGUUGAAACCCCCCCCCCCCCCCCCCCUC